CUGCGGUAGAUGUGCUGAGGCUGGAGUAGCCACCAUUUUGCAUGUCUAGUGUGUUCCUCCCUCCAUUGCUAAUAGAGACGAUUCCAGUCAUUUUCUGGCAUCAUUACGGCUAAGAAUGCCAGCUCCGAUCAGACUGCGGGAGCUGAUCCGGACUAUCCGGACAGCACGGACCCAGGCAGAGGAGCGUGAGAUGAUCCAGAAAGAGUGUGCUGCUAUCCGCUCAUCCUUUAGAGAGGAAGACAACACAUACCGUUGCAGAAAUGUGGCAAAGCUACUUUAUAUGCACAUGUUGGGCUACCCGGCACAUUUUGGGCAGCUGGAGUGCCUGAAGUUGAUUGCGUCCCAGAAGUUCACUGACAAACGAAUAGGUUAUUUGGGAGCUAUGCUGCUGUUGGAUGAGAGGCAGGACGUCCACCUUCUAAUGACAAAUUGCAUUAAGAAUGACUUGAAUCACAGCACACAAUACGUCCAGGGCCUGGCCUUGUGCACUUUGGGCUGCAUGGGUUCCUCAGAAAUGUGUCGUGACCUGGCUGGUGAAGUAGAGAAGCUACUCAAAACAUCCAACUCCUACUUGAGGAAAAAAGCGGCGUUGUGUGCAGUUCAUGUCAUCCGGAAGGUUCCAGAACUUAUGGAAAUGUUCCUUCCAGCUACAAAAAACCUGCUGAGCGAGAAGAACCAUGGUGUUCUCCAUACAUCUGUUGUCCUCCUCACUGAGAUGUGUGAAAGAAGUCCUGACAUGCUGGCCCACUUCAGAAAGAAUGAGAAGUUGGUUCCACAGUUGGUGAGAAUCCUGAAGAACCUCAUCAUGUCUGGAUACUCUCCUGAGCAUGAUGUGUCAGGCAUAAGCGAUCCAUUCCUGCAGGUGCGGAUAUUGAGACUACUGCGAAUUUUAGGCAAGAGUGACGAUGACUCCAGUGAAGCAAUGAAUGACAUUCUUGCACAGGUUGCAACGAACACAGAGACAAGUAAAAAUGUAGGCAAUGCCAUUCUGUAUGAGACUGUGCUGACAAUAAUGGACAUCAAGUCUGAAAGUGGACUGAGGGUCUUGGCCAUUAACAUACUAGGUCGCUUCCUUCUUAACAAUGACAAAAACAUUAGAUAUGUGGCAUUGACAUCUCUACUAAAGACGGUACAGACAGACCACAACGCAGUGCAGAGGCAUCGGAGCACCAUCGUGGAUUGCUUAAAAGACCUGGAUGUGUCGAUCAAGAGACGUGCAAUGGAAUUGAGCUUUGCCCUGGUGAAUGGCAACAACAUUAGAGGCAUGAUGAAAGAGCUGCUCUACUUCCUGGACUCCUGUGACCCAGAAUUCAAAGCGGACUGUGCAUCAGGGGUCUUUCUAGCUGCAGAGAAGUAUGCCCCUUCGAAAAGAUGGCACAUAGACACCAUUAUGAGAGUCCUGACAACAGCAGGGAGCUAUGUGCGAGACGAUUCUGUUCCCAACCUCAUCCAGCUCAUCACCAACAGUGUGGAGAUGCAUGCCUACACAGUACAGAGACUUUACAAAGCACUGCUGGAUGACAUCUCACAGCAACCUCUAGUGCAGGUGGCAUCCUGGUGCAUAGGAGAGUAUGGGGACCUACUGGUAUCAGGACAGUGUGAGGAGGAGGAGCCCAUCCAGGUGACUGAGGAUGAAGUUCUGGAUGUACUGGAAGGCCUUCUGGUGUCCAACCUGUCCACACCUGUAACCCGGGGUUAUUCCCUCACUGCCAUCAUGAAACUGUCUACUCGCUUCAGCAGUGUCAACCGAAUCAAGAAGGUGGUUUCGAUAUAUGGCAGUAGCAUCGAUGUGGAGCUCCAGCAGAGAGCUGUGGAGUACAAUGCACUUUUCAAGAAAUAUGACCACAUGAGGCCAGCUCUCCUAGAGCGAAUGCCCAUCAUGGAGAAAAGUGCUACUAACGGCCCCACAGAGAUUGUACAGACAAAUGGGGAAACGGAGCCCUCUGUCGUGGAACCAAAACAUCCACCAGCUGUCACUCAGCCAGCCAGCCAGGCUAAUGAUUUAUUAGACCUGCUCGGUGGUAAUGAUGUGGUGCCAGUAAUCCAGACCACGAUGCCCACAAAGCCUGCCUCAGCUGGAGGAGAGCUACUUGAUCUCCUGGGUGACCUCUCGAUAAGUGGCGGCCCAGCCCCUGCUCCUGCUCCCUCUGUACCCACUUCCCAACCCCCUUUCCUCCUGGAUGGUCUCUCCUCUCAGCCCCUGUUUAAUGACAUUGCAGCUGCAGCUAUUCCUCCUAUGACGGCAUACAACAAGAACGGUCUAAAAAUAGACUUCACAUUUGAGAGAGCUAAUCCCAAUCCAAACAUCGCGGUCAUCACCAUCCAUGCUUCCAACUCAACAGAGGCAGAUAUGACAGACUUUGUUUUUCAGGCUGCAGUACCAAAGACAUUCCAGCUGCAGCUCCUGUCCCCUAGUAGUAAUGUUGUCCCAGCACUCAACCAGGGAACUGUCACACAGGUCAUUAGAGUUCUCAACCCACAGAAGCAACAGCUACGAAUGAGGAUCAAGCUGACGUACACCCUCAAAGGCUCGCCUGUGCAAGACCUGGCUGAGGUUAAUAACUUCCCCCCUCAGUCCUGGCAGUGAUGAGCUGCUUCUGUCGCUCUUGAAAGCCCCUCACCAAGGGAACUAUGAAAAUGAUUUUCCUUUCACCUCCCUCCUUUCUUCCAACGGAUCCUCCUGUGACGUCACUGCAGUCCGCUGCCCUCGAGUUGCAUGGGAAGCAGCAGAGCAUCUAACCCCGGAGAAAAAUACCAAUGUUAUCAAGACCCUCUUGACUAUUGACAUCACCAGAAUAAUUGGGAAAACAUAUCAAUCAAUGAACUUUCUCUUUUCUUUCUUAAUUGGUUUCAAUUAUAUCUUUGCGUAGUAGUACUAUUUUACACAUACGCCCUCCGCCCAGCACCGUUACCAUCCUCGAAAGCACAUAUGCACACCAUUCACUGUGGUACACUUAACCUCUCAAGUCACUGUAGAGGAAAAAGUUGGCCACUAUGAGCACUGCAGUAACCAUAGUUAUUUUAUUUUAAUUUAUAAUUAAGCUAAAAUGCAGUUGAAAGAUUUUGCCCCAUCGCAUUUAUGAUUGGCUGUGCGUCGCAUUCAAUUUUUUUAAAUAUAUAUAUAUAUAUGAACCUUCAGUCCUAUGAUGGCAGCAGAAAAAGCUUGUAAAAGUCUAUUUAGUGAGGUCAUAAACUUCUUGAAUAACCCUUUUUUGACUUUCCACACCAUGAGUGAUAUAACUUGUCAGAGAGUUGUAUUCAUUUUGAAUUACAUUAAUUUGCUUGAAGCAUGUUUGAGCAUUGUUAGGAUUACAAUCACACCUUGACUCGAGCUCGGAGGGGGUUUUUCUGGUAGUAGGCCUCUUAAUCCUAUGUUUCUAUAGGAAGUAUUCUACAUGUGUUUUGUCACAAUGAUAAGAGCAUAAGCAAAUACAAGAUGCCCAGUUUGGUCACCUGUUGCUAUUUUCAGAGAAUGUGCUCAGACAUUUCCAAACAGCUCUCCUAAAAUCAUCUCAUCUGUAGCUUUAGUUUUAGAUCUGUAUAAUAAAUUCAACUGUUACUUGCUCUGCAUAGUUUGAGGAGGUUCAUUCAUUAGGAUGGAUAGAAUCCAGGCCUGAAAUUUAUCUGACAAUAAGCUGAUUGCAUUUGUGUUGGAGAUCUGCGUUUAAACUUUUUCUGAAUCUGUGUCCUCACAGUCGAGCUUGCAAUUUAGAUACAUUUCAGAUUUGUUGAUCUUAGUCACCAUGCACAUACAUGUAAAUGAAGCUUGUUAUGAAUGUAGUUACAUGCACUGAAUGCUUUUUCCCGUCAAGUCUUCUUUUUCAUGGCUGUCUUCUUUGAUGAGGACCCUCAUCUUAUUGGCACUAUUUUUGUGAAAGUAUGUUUUAUUUCUGCAGUUAUUUGACUCAAUUAUUUAUGCCUGAUAUCAAAGUGAUGUGCCUUUCUGACUUAGCUAGAUAAAAGCCCCUGGACUAUUGAGUUCUGUAUGAGCUUCGUUUGUAAGUCUGUCUGUGUGCUGACCGUGUUUUCAAUUGAGGGAAAUGGUCCGGCUGGAUUUGAAUUGGUAUAUCUCUUCCUUUAAGUUUUUCUUUUCAACUUCUAUCUGUCAUAAUGAGUUAAUGAUUAGUCACCCACUAAUACUGGCCCACCUGGAUGUCCACAGCACUGUUUUUUGUCAUAGUUUUGACAAAAAACAUCAAUUAUAGCUACAUGAUCCUGGUAGUUUCUUUCUGCUGGAUGUCAUUAAUAACAAGUCCUAAAAUCAAAAGCAAAUCUCAAAGAUUAUGGCAGCUAAUAGAUGUAAACUUUUCAUAAGCUGGCAUCAAGGUUUCAAGUGUUUUUAAAAAAUAUACAUGUUCCACUAAAGUGAAAUAUCAUGAAGAUUUUCCCCACUCAAUAAAUGUUGAGGUGUGUUUGGGUCACAUGGUGAGGUACUGGGACGGGUUGUUCUUUGCUGACUGUUCGUAUGAUUUCCUGGCUCUCGUCUUCUCCAAAUCAGAAUUCUGACCAUGCUGUCGGGGACAGUAACCUUAAUACCUCACAGUGUUCUCUCUUUUUGUUAACUUUCAGUUGCAGUAGAUUGAGAGCUUUGUUUAGUCAUAAAUUGCAAUCAAGGGGGGCAUCUGCAUGAGAGAAACUAAUGGUAGUUUGUACAUCUCAUUACUUAACAAGCCUAGCAGCCCUGCAAUGCUGUGUUGAGAUCCUCAGAUGUUCAAUCAGGCUAUAUACUUCUUCUCACUAUGCUUCACUUUCUUCUAACUUCUGUGACCAAAUCAGAGAAACUAUUAGCUUUGGAAAUAUUUUUGAGCUAUGAUAUGUGUAUAUGGAGAAAAUUAUUUCAGUUUCACUUUUUUUUCUGCUGUUGACAAAUGCUAUAUUGGCUUUUUCUGUACAUAUUGAGGGCUUUUACAAUUUUGUCUCUUGUACUAUCUUUCAUCCUUUUUUUAGAUACCAUUUUCUAAAAAUUCCAAUUAUUCACAAUGUAUAUUGUCUAAAUAGAUCUAGUCAACAUCAGUCUAUAAAGACUUCCCUGUAUCAUCACUCAUUCAUUGUAAAAGAUAUAUGAUCUGCUGCCUGUACAUUGUAUAUAGUUGUAAAACAAACAAAAGCUGAUCAAAUUAAAUAAAAACCCACAUGAAGAUUAGCUAGGAAGUAUAAUUGUAUGCAUAUAUGUACAAAAAAAAAGAAUCUUAAAAGGAUGCAAUUGAACUGCAUUUGAUUUACUAUUCUUCAUACUUCAUGAUCAGAUGUGUCAUCUUAACGUCUUUUACAAGGGUUGUCGGUGAGUCAGAAGGCUACUUGUUAGGGCUCCUUUGGGUGUUGAAAUAAGGGUUGAAUCCGUCUAAAGAGGUGUUGUCUGAAUGAUGUACUGUACUACUGAGAAACCUAAGCACAGUGCUGCACAGCAGCAGAAGUGGCACCUUGCUUCAUCUGCUCCCCUGCCCCUCGAAUGCCUCAUGUAUCCACACCCUCCUUCGAAGAGGAGCAGCUUUCAUGUAAGGCUUCCUUCUGGUCUUUUGUGUGGCUGAGUGUUCUUUAAUCUUGACAAUUCACAUCUAUUAAACUCUGCUGAACCUACAAAUUGGUUUGUGAGGUGAUGCCCCUUGGUCUUGGCGUGUUUGCUCUCAUAGUUGCUUGGUUACCUUUUUGUCUGCCGUGCAGCAUAUUCCUAAAGGCAUCAUGUCUCAACUAAGCAAGACCACCACUGUUUUUUUUUCUUCAUUAUGGUCAGAAGGUUUAAAUUGGAAUAGUUUUCUAUCUGGACAAGAGCUGAUAGAGGUGUUGUUAUAUGCUAGGUCGUUCCAGACAUGUAUAUUGGAGCAGCAGUGCCCUUCCUUUGGUCUGAACAGUACAAGGCUUUCUUUUAGCUUCCUUUCUUUACUUUUGCUCCUUAUCGCUGAUGUUAUUUGCCUCUGCAUGGCACACCUUUCACCUUCUCAGUGUAGUCUCAAAUGUAAAAGGUGGGGAUGUAACACAUCAUUACAAAUUGAUCUGAGCCCUCACUAUUUAAAACUCUGUGUUACAUGGAAGGUUAUGAGGGAGGAAGGCAAUGGACUGAAAAUGGACUUUUCUGUCUUUCUUUUUUGUUUCCCCCCCUGUUAAAAGUUUAUGAACAUAUAGUUUGUCUAUAUGUAGUGCUACAUAAACAGCCCCAACACUAACCUGGGAUAAGCCUGUCCUACAAGCUAAUAGCCACAGGGGGGAGCUGUGCAAAACGGAAGGCUGAUGGGAUGGGAAAGGAAGUUUCAUACAUCUAUUCCUGAAUGUUUUUGUUGGUGUUGUUUGUAUUGUCUUAUUCAACCAGUAUGUACCCUUGUCAAUCACAUCUGAUCAGUUCUAUCAAUGAUACCGUAAUUCAUGCAGUUUUAAAUGUACAAAUGAAAAUGAACCCAACAUAAGUGCUUUGGCCACUGUAACUUAAAAGGAAGAAAAGAAACGGAACAAAUACCCAUCAGCGGUAUGAUCAGCGUUUGAAGUGAUGUGAGUGUGUGAGUGUGUGUGUGUGUGUGUAAGAGAGAGAGACACACAGAGAGAAAAUAAUGUUCGACAGAGCGUGAUAGUGUGUGACAUGUCUGUUAUCUAGAUAGGACAUGAUUUUUGGCUGCAAUUUCAACUUUCAGCUUCUAAGCUGCAUGUGAAAACCAGUGUAAAUAAUGUCAUUUCUACUCUUGACCUGAGACUCUUUUUGAAAUGCAAGAAAAGUUCAAAUUAUAAAAGUCACACCACCUUCAUGGGUCAGUACUAACAUGUACAAUAGGAAGUUGCUCAGAUAGUGCUCACAAUACUGUUAAUGUUUUUAAAAGGGUGAUGAAAGUGCACAUCCGUCAUUUGGAUAAAUUGGGUAAUUGAUUUUUGUUUUGUUUGUUAGGGUGAAUUCAGUGUGUAAAGGGCUUGGAAAAGCAUCUGAAUUGCCACCAUCUUCACUUUCCUUGUUGAAUCAAAAAGAAAAAAAAAAGCAUUCAUUGUAUUUUGAAAACAAAAUCUGUUUGUAACCCCCAGACCUGUCCUGACUGUAAAACAAUGUGGUAACUGAUUAGUUGGGGGAGGGUGGAGGCAUGAGGUUCACUUUUCCAGUCAUGUUUGACAUGUUGAACUGAAUCCCAGUUCCAUGGCUUCAAGGUGAGUGUGAAUGUCAGACUGAAAGUAUGAAAUGAUGAUUAAAGAUGAGAAGUUGUAAACUAUUAAAUGGGAUAUUUUCAAUUUAUGCUGUGUACUCUUGUCUUUGGGUUGGAGAAAAUGAUCAAGCAAAUAAAAAGUCAAAUAAAAAUCUAG